AUGUUAAGCCCAUCAUAAUAUUAACAACUGUAAAGAUUGUCUCCUUAAAGAGUGAGUAUGCCAGGAAUGUCUCGAGUGGUAAAAAUAAGUAUAAAUAAAGCCUGCGUUUGUAAAGACUAGAGAAGUGAGAAUGCCUUCACCAGCAAAAUAGUACUCUCCAACGAAAUAUGUGAUUCAUAAUCCUCCUCUUUACAUUAGAUCUAGAAUGGCUAGCACUGAAGAUAUUCCAUCAAUACCAUCAGAAUAGAAAAACCUUAAUAAUGAUAGAAAGUACUCAAUGCACAUGGAUGCAAAAACAUAAUAAAUAUCUCAUCUCAAUGAAAUAAUUUCAUAGCAAUAAUAAUAGAUCUUGACAUAGGAAAGCAAAGUAGCUUUAUUAUAGAAUGAAGUGAAUGCUUGGAAGUAGAAGUUCAUUGAACUUAACCAGAAAUACCACUAAAUGUAGGAAAAGUAUUAUCUUGCUGAUACUGAAUUAUAACAUUAUAAAUAAUAAUGAGUGAAAAUAUUGAUGAACAUAUUCUUAAAAAAUAUGAGGUCAUUUAACGUAUUGGUAAAGGAGCCUAUGGAAUAGUAUGGAAAGCCAAAGAUCUUAAAAGUCUAAAAAUAGUUGCACUAAAAAAAGUGUUUGAUGCUUUCAAUAAUCCUACUGAUGCUCAGCGCACAUACAGAGAAGUAUGAUUACAUUGUUAGAGUAUACUAGGUUACUUUCCUUAAAUAGCUGAAGCAUCCAAACAUUGUUUCUAUAAUAGAGACCUAUCCUGCCAAUAACAAAAUUGAUCUCUAUAUAGUAUUUGAAUAUAUGGAAACAGAUUUACAUAUUGCAAUAAGAGCUAAUAUAUUGCAAGCAGAGCAUCGUCGAUACAUUACAUAUUAAUUAAUUAAAGCAUUAAAAUACAUUCAUUCUGCAGGAAUGAUACAUCGGUAAUUUAUUCAUAUUUACAUAUAGUGAUCUUAAACCUGCUAAUAUUUUAAUUGAUUCUGAAUGUUAAAUCAAAUUGGCUGAUUUUGGUUUAGCACGUAUGGUUGGAUCACAUGAUUCUGAUAUUUUAACUGAUUAUGUUGCAACCAGAUGGUUCAGAGCUCCAGAAAUUCUUCUUGGUUCUAAAUCUUAUUCUUAUGGAAUUGAUUUAUGGUCUGUUGGUUGUCUUAUGGGAGAAAUGAUUCUAGGAAAAGCUUUGUUCUCUGGAAAUAGUACAAUUAACUAACUUGAAAAAAUUGUUGAUAUUCUUGGCAAUCCUAAUUAAUCUGAAAUACUUGCCAUGGGUGGAUAAUCUCAAAUAUUUUAAAAUCAAUUUAGACCUUCUAAACAAAAACUUAAUUCAUUACUUGGCUGUCCAAAAGAUGAAUUAGAUAUCAUAUCCAAAUUACUUCAGUAUGAUCCUACAAAACGAUUAAGCAUCGAAGAUUGCUUAAAACAUUCUUAUUUUAAAGAAUAUCGUAAUACUAAAGAAGAAAUUAAUUAUCAUGGAUCUAUAAUGCUUUAAUUAUAAGAUGAUAAAUAAUAUCCUAUCUCCACUUACAGAGAUGUCCUAUAUAAAAAAAUGGAUUAUUCAAGAAUCAUUACCUUAGUUAAUAAACAAAAGAAAAUAGUUGAAGACCUUGCACUCAAAAAAUAAUAAAAGAGUUUCAAGUAACUCAUUGAAUAAAAAAGUGUACAAACCCUGAAAUAGUACAGAAGUAGUUAAUUUCUCAAAAAUACUUAUUCAAAUUCAAAUUUAUUAGAUAAAAGUUAGUUAAAUAAAUCAUCACAACAAUAAUAAUAAUAAUUAUAAUAAUAACAAUAAUAAAACUCUACCUCUAAUAUUAAAAACAAACUACGAUCUAUUUGCCAAUAAUCAGAAGCUAGAUAAAGAAGUGCUAUAUCUAAAUAAUCUAAUUCUUCAUCCAAAUACAAUAUACUUCAUAAUGUCACAAACACUUCUUUGAGUCCACAUUCUGCCAUUAAUUCAAGGUAUUUACCUAAUAGAUUUCACCAAAAACAUAAUGAUUUUUGAUAUUCAUUUUGACUUAUACACU